AUGGAUGGGGCACGUGUCAAAUUUGAACCCCAUACUGGUGAUCCAGAAAGAGAUCUUGCCUACGAAAGGGAACGAAGGCGAAUAGUGGAUGAAGAUGGCGUGCCAACAGAAGUUGCUGAUUACCUUGAUUAUUUUGCUCAAAUGAUCGAGAAGAAAGACGUCCCAGAAAUCCACAACCUAUAUGAACAACACUUUCCGGAUUUAACUGAAAGGUUCUACCGAGAGAGAAUGUGGCCGGAUGAGCAAACGGUUGAGAGCAUUUUCCAAGCUUUCUGUCUAUAUAAAGCAAAUCCUGGGAAGCGAAGCGUGGACGAGGUUGAUGAACUUAUCAGCAUCGAGGAAGCACAAAAUGCAUGGAAUAUCUAUCCUGUCCUGAACAUUCUGUAUUCACUGCUGUCGAAAUCACAAAUCAACGAGCAACUGGCGGCCAUCAGGGCUCGAAGGAAUCCUGAUGAUGUCGCCGAUGAAUUUGGACAAUCUGCGCUUUAUUUCAAACUUGGUUACUUCUCUUUGAUUGGAUUGUUGAGAACUCAUGUACUUCUUGGAGAUUAUCACCAAGCUUUGAAAACAGUCGAGAAUGUAGAGUUCGAUGCGAAGGGCUUGUACAACACUGUUCCAUCAUGCCUUGUAACUUUGCAUUAUUUCGUCGGUUUCUCUCAUAUGAUGAUGCGAAACUACGGCGAAGCAACGAAAAUGUUCGUAAAUUGUUUGAUGUUCAUUCAAAGAACGAAAGCGAUCCAGACUCAGCAGCAGAAGCAGAAGAAUUUCCAGUAUGACGUUAUUGGGAAAACCUACGAUCAACUAUUUCACUUACUUGCUAUCUGCCUGGCUAUCCAACCACAGCGUAUCGAUGAAUCGAUUGCAUCUCAACUCGUAGAACGUUGUGGUGAUCGGAUGUCGCGUAUGGGUAAUGGUGACUUGGACGAGUUCCGCCUAGCGUUCCAGAUGGGAUGUCCAAAGUUCCUCUCGCCAACUACCGUCGUGUACGAAGGAUCGAAUCUGUCCAAGGAGCCGCUAUUGCGCCAAUCACAAGCCUUCCUUGAAGGUGUUGAAGCACAAAUGGCGUUACCAGUUCUGCGUGGAUACCUCAAAUUGUACACGUCCCUACCGACUAAAAAGCUGGCUUCAUUUAUGGAUGUGGACGAUAAGAACUAUGAUUCCUUCUUGGGAAAGCUGUUAACGUAUAAGAUGGUAGUCAAUGAACUUGGCAAGGAUUCCCUAGCGUCCUCGAAUGACGACGAUGAACCGAAUACAGAUAUUGAUUUUUACGUAGACAAGGACAUGAUUUGUAUUGCCGAUACCAAAGUGGCUCGUCGUGUCGGAGAGCACUUCAUUCGGCAUAUGCAAAAACUCUAUGAGGUGAGUAUUUGGCUUUUAUCUCGACGAAUUUCCAAGUAUCGAUAG